AUGGUGAGCUUGAGGAAGAGAUUGGCAGAAGCAUCAACAGAGUCAAAUGAGGACGUGUCAGAGGAGACAGAGGACCUGGAACCUCUGGAACCAGACGACAGUGGUACCUUCCAACAAGUCACAAACCUCCUCAACAUCAUGGCCAGCGAGUCAACCAAAACGGACGCUGCCGGGGCAGGUCCUGACAUGCGGAAGAUGCUGGCCUCAGUGAUCAUCAGGGAGAGGGCCGCCACUGAGCCCUCUGUGGUGAUGGGCGCUCUCACCCGCUGCCUGCAGGUACCAGAGAUUUCCACUCAGGGCAAAGUCAACAUCUACAGCGUCCUGCAGGAGGUUCCCCAGCAGCAGGGGGAGCUGGAGGAGUGCUGCGUCCAGAGGCUGGUCACCAUCGCCUCCAAGGAGAUGAGGGAGAUGCUGCAGGUGGAGGGUUACGUGAGGGCAGAGGCGGCCAGCGACACCUUGGUGGCCCUGUCCCGAAACCACUUCAGCCUGGUUGUUUAUGAGCUACAGCACCACCUCAGACCCCUAAACCUCGCCGAAGAAUUUGUCAUCGUCACCCUGGCGAAGCUGGCCAAUGGCAAUGUGUUGGAGUUCAUGCCAUACGUGGGCAUCACCCUGGCUACCAUAUUCACCAUGCUGAGGCUCGCCAAUGAAGCCAAGAUGCGCCAGGUGACCUGCAGUGCCAUGGAGACCUUCUGCAAGACCAUGCAGUUUCACCUGAGGCACCUAGAGGACAGUGUGUACCCCGUGAUGACUGAGGAGCAGUUUGCUGUGUAUCGCUAUUUUGUGACCGUGUGGCUUAGGGACAACAACCCCGAGGUGAAGCUGGGGCUCACCAAGUCCCUGAAGCCUAUGCUGAACCUCAUCCUGCCCAGCGACAACGUGCGUGAGCAGGUGUACGACUACAUCGCCCUGUUGCUGGCAGAGUACCAGGCCCACCUGGAGGCACUCUUCAUCACACAGGUCUUGAGGCAGAUCCUGGAAAUGUCAGUGACCACUAACACCAGUGUCCCCCAAAUGCAGCUGCACACCAUCUUCACGGAACUGCAUGUCCAGGUGAGCUCCAAGGCCCCCGCCCAGCGGCAGUACAGCAGCCAGAGCCUGACGGAGGUCGUGCACUGCUUCAUAGCCCUUGCCCGCUCCUACCCCAAGGAGCUGAUGAAGUUCUUCCUCAGCCAGAUGGAGGUGAGCAAGGAGGCCAUCUGCGUGGGGACCCUGACCCUGAUUAGGGCAGCGGUGAGCGCACAUGAUUCUUUGGUGCCUGAACACCUGCCACCUUCUACCCCAACCUCAUUUCCGUCUGGACCCUCGGCGGACAUGGGUGUGAUUCUGUGCUUUGGCCUGUGUGUCCGGGGCCAGGUGAAGACGGUGCUGAACGUGCUCCACGACUUUGAGAGGAUCCAGGAGUCGGAGCAGUCCUGGCAGAUCGGCGCUUGGCGGAAGGACCAUCCCUGGAGGCGGGAGACAGUGAAGGGUGCCCUCAUGGUGAUGUACAGCUGCGUGGCCUCGUACUGCCACCCGCAGAUGCUUCUAAACGUGGACAACCCCAUCACUGCUAAGAUCAUUCUCCACUACUCCAGCAGCUGCCAGGACAUCCGCCUCAAAAUGGCCUUCAUGAAGAGUGUGGUGCAGGUCACCGACGCCGUCAAGACCAUCAAGGACCUGGAGGACUUCCAAUUUGCCCCAAAGGCGACCCUUACUGCAUUAUCAUGUUCUGCUUUGAUCCAACUGAAGGAGUUCUGGGUGAUCAUCAAGGCAGAACCAACUGACAGACUGGUUUCUCCAGUGCAGACCAUGGCCAUGGAUGCCCUCUCGUACUUGAGCAAACUGAAGCCUUUCUACUCCACAGAGGAAAACAGUGAGCUGGUGGAGACUAGUCUACACUCUGUCAUUUCUCUCCAGCCCCCAGGAGAGAACGAUGAGUCCAUUAAGACCCUGUAUGUGAACGCCCUGUGUGCCCUGGAGCAGCUGAUGGAGGGCCUUGUGCAGAGGCAGCUGGACCCCAAGGGGCUGCAGGAGAUGGUGCACCUCCUGGAAAAGUUGAUCUUGUCGGAGAAAGAAUGGGAGCGGGAGAAGGCGGUCAACCUCCACUUCCAUCUCAUGCACAUCUACGUCCAAAGCGUCGGUGUCUGCAUCCCUCUGCAGCUGGGGCAGUUUGGCACUCUGGUCGGACUCAUCGCCCCAUGCACCUGUGACUCGCACAGAACCCGCCCGGCCUCCAUGGAAGCCCUUUCCAGCCUCCUGGAUCUUCAUGCAAGCCAGACCUGCUCCUCCUGGGGUGCUUCCAAGGAGUUGGAGCUUGUGAAAUGUAAGGCGGAGCUGCAGGGCUCGGACGUGGAGAAGGUUUUCAGCGCGUCUUCCAGAAUCGCCAAGGUGGCGUGCUUGCAGUUUAGCUGCGAUGAGGUGGCCUCGCUCGUCCAGAAGCUCUGUGAGAACGUCGGGGCCAUGAACCUCCAGCAUGACAAGGCCUCCGUCACCUGGAUAGGCACCUUCCUCCAGAUGCGGGCCAAGGAGCUGGAGGACACGGUGGCGGAGAUCCUGGGCGCCAUCCUGGUCCACCUGCUGGUAGCGGAUCACCCGGACGUGCGACACCCCCUCAUCGAGGGCAUCCUGCUGGCGCACUACCACCAGGAGACCGUCCUCACGUCCCUCCUGCCGCAGCCCCUGCCCGUGGAGAGCCACCUGACGGAGGUGUGGCUGACUGUGGCUGAGAACUUGCCCUUUGCCCGGAUGAUGCUACACGUGCUGAUGGGUCGGCUGCAGUCGAGGUUCACGCCCAGGGCCGACGCCACCUCCAAGGCUGACAUCUGGCACCUGGCCGCAGUGGACGCUCUGAUGACCCUGUGCACCAUCCACCUUCUUAUUGAGAAGAUGGACCAGGAUGACAAGCUCCUGGACCUCUUCCCGGACCUCACCUACACCCUCCUGCUGCAGCUCGGCAGCAGCCAGGGGCCAGAGGCCAUGUCGCCCGUCCUGAAGAUGUGGAGACUCGUCCACACGGGGACCCUCCCUGAGGAGAUCAACCUGCAGAGGAUCACGAUCAAAUCCAUGCAGCUUUUGUUCCGGAAACUCAACAGCGAGCCGCUGCCUUGCACCCUGGAAGAGCAGGGCGUGUGGACACUCCUGGAGAGCAGCUCCACAUUCCUGCAGGGAGUGAGCCUGCUGGCCAGGCUGUGCGUGCAGAACGCCGAGGGCUACCGGCAGAGGCUGUGGGAGCUGGUGCUCAGGGGCGUGGCCUCGGAGGCCCUGAGCUAUCGCAUCAGCAGCACGGCGGUCUGCGUGGAGUUCAUGAGUGUCCCGAUCCUGUACCAGGAGAAGCUGCUGAAGCCGGCAGUGCUGAUGCUGGAGAAGGGCGUGGACCAGGACGAGGCCCUGCGGGUGCUUUCCCCACGCGCCCUCGGCAACAUGGCCCUCCGUGCCCCCAAGAAGGUGAGGCAGUACCAGAAGCUUUUACUGGAGAAGUGCCUGUGCCCCCUGAGGGGGCCUGUGAGCACCAGCGUGACCUCCGAGGGCAUGGAGACCCUGGCCAAGGUCCUGGCUGAGCUGCGGGAAGGGGACGUGGGGUCCGACUUCCAUGCCGUCUCCGAGCGGUGCAGAGCCUUCUUUGACCACGAGAGCGAGCUACUGCGUUUAAAAGCCUUCGUCCUCUUCGGGAAGCUGGCAAAGGUGGUCAGGAUUUCCAAGAAGCAUUUCUUCAAAGAGGAAGUGAAGAAAGCCUGGGUCCCCCUCAUGCUGCAGGAUCCCUGCUCCAGUGCAGCCCAGGCCUGUGUGGCUACCAUGUUUCAGUGUGUGCACUUCUGGGGCUGGAAGGCCUUGGAGAGCUCCUCGGACCAAAGUGAUGCCAUUGCCCCCAAGGACAUGACCAGUUUCCAGAUAAUCCUGUGCUCUGUCUUGACUCAGAGAAAGCCUGCCGUUCUCUACAGCUUCUUGCUAGAAACAAUGACGUAUGUUAAAAGUAACUUGUCAAGGAUCAGAAUCGCUGCAUGUAACCUGGCAGGAAUCAUUAUGAAGCAGAUGUCUGCACGUUACCUGAAAAAGCUGGACUUUCCUACAUUAUGGAAUUCUCUCCAGGAGCUACAGCUGGACUCGGAUCCUGGGGUCCGGAGGGCAUCCCUGGAGACUCUCACAAUCUUGGAUACCUGUAGUCAUCACUGGCUUUUGGCUUCACCCUAAGGAAUUUCCUAG